CAACAUCCCCCCCCCCUCCCCCCACAAUUCUUUCUGAUGAUCGUCCACCCUUCCCGCCCACCAUGUCCGACGACACUAGGGGAACAUCACGAGACAGGCGUGACAUCGAGGCGCGGGCCCAGGUAGUGGCCGAGCUUUUGGCCCCAGGAUACACCGCCGAGUUCCAGAGCGCGCCUGCGGGCACGGAAGGCGACACGCCGGGGUCGUCGGCGGCCGGUCCGUCGGAGGGGCCCCGGGUGCCGGCGGAAGAGUCGUCAUUGAAGCUGCAGGGCGGCGACAUACACCGGGACCUCUUCAAGCUGGACCCUUCGAACCGGCGCAUGCAUCGUCGGGCCGCCACCUUCCACACGCCCAGGGAGUUUCACCAAGACGAGGAGCUCCCAACCCUGUCCGUGGGCGACCAACUCUCCCUGGGGGGGUUCCGGCGGGCCUUUCUGCACCAAAAGCAUGGCAACGACUUCCUGGCCGCCCGCAUGCCCAUCACGCGCAACUUUGUCGAGUAUCUGGAGCUGUACGGAAGCUUUGCCGGUGAAGACCUCGUCGACACCGACGAGGAGGCCGUCUCCGAGGAAGAAGGGGAGGAAGAGGAGGGAGGAGGAGCGGCGGCGGCGGCGGCGGAGGAGGAGGAGGCGAGAGUAGGGGCAUAUGAGGGAGCAGCAGCAGCAGCAGCAGCAGCUGGCGAGCGACAGCCCCUCCUCGUCCGGCAACGCAUCAUCAGCUCUGCCCAAGCGCCGCGGCCGGGCACCGCCGGCACGGUCAAGACCUUCUUCACGCUGCUCAAGGCCUUCAUCGGGACGGGCAUUAUGUUCCUGCCCAAGGCGUUCAGCAACGGGGGCAUCCUGUUCUCGACCGUCACCAUGCUGAUCGUCUCCGGCAUCACCAUGGUCGCCUUCCACCUGCUGCUUCGGUGCAAGCUGCGUUACGGCGGCGGGUACGGCGAGAUCGGCAGCGCCAUCGCGGGGCCGCGGAUGCGAGCCCUCAUCCUCUUCUCCAUUGCACUCUCGCAGCUGGGCUUCGUCUGCACCGGCAUCGUCUUCGUGGCCGAGAACCUGACGACCUUCUUCGAUGCCGUCACGCAUGGGGCCAGUCCCUUCUCCACGGCCGGCCUGAUCGCCAUGCAGCUCGUCGUCCUGGUGCCGCUGGCCUGGAUCCGCAACAUCGCCAAGCUCGGCCCGGUCGCCCUGCUGGCCGACGCCUGCAUCCUGAUCGGCGUCGGCUACAUCUACUGGUACACGACCACCUCGCUGGCCGGCGCCGGCGGCGCGGACCCGACCGUCGUCCUCUUCAACCCCGACCACUACACGCUCACCAUCGGCGCGGCCAUCUUCACCUUCGAGGGCAUCGGCCUGAUCCUGCCGAUCCAGGCGUCCAUGGCGCGCCCGGACCGGUUCGAGCCGCUGCUGGGCGCCGUCAUGCUGCUCAUCACGGUCGUCUUCACCUCGGUCGGCGCGCUCUGCUACGCCGCCUUCGGCCGGCGCACCGAGGUCGAGAUCAUCAACAACCUGCCGCAGGACAGCCCCCUGGUCAACGCCGUCCAGGCGCUCUACGCCCUCGCCGUCCUCGUCGGCACCCCCGUCCAGCUCUUCCCCGCCAUCCGCAUCCUCGAGGGCGGCCUCCUCGGCCACGCCCGCUCCGGCAAGGGCAGCCUGCGCACAAAGUGGGUCAAGAACCUGCUCCGCCUCGCCGUCGUCGCCCUCUGCGGCCUUCUCUCGGUCGCCGGCACCGGCAACCUCGACCGCUUCGUCGCCCUCAUCGGCAGCGUCGCCUGCGUGCCCCUCGUCUACGUCUACCCGGCCUACCUGCACUGGAAGGCCGUCGCGACGGGGCGCUGGGCCCGGUUCGGAGACAUCCUCGUCGUCGUCGUCGGCCUGGUCGGCAUGGUGUAUACCACGGUCGUGACUGUCCUGAACAGCUUUCUGCGAUGAUGGUUCUUUUUAUGUUUGGGCAUUGCGAGGCGAAAAAAAGUGGGUUGAUAAUCACACAUUUAAUAGUAAUGCUACCAUAAGAGAAAGAGAGAGAGAGGUUAAAUAGUUGCGACACCGAAUUAACUUUGUCUGUCG